GCGUACCGCUCCUGGAUCCAGAAGAACGGAGACGAGAAGAGACUUCCUGCAGUCAACCUGACCAACGACCAGCUCUUCUUCGUGGGAUUUGCACAGGUGUGGUGCUCGGUCCGAACACCGGAGAGCGCUCACGAGGGCCUGCUGACAGACCCCCACAGCCCCCCCAGGUACAGAGUCAUGGGCACUCUGGCCAACUCUCCGGACUUCAGCCGCCACUUCAACUGUCCGGAGGGCACGCCGAUGAACAGCGGGAAGCGCUGCGAGGUGUGGUAGAGUGGCACGGAGAGGACUGGCUGGUGCUGCUGGGUAAUUAGUGAAUCUGUUAACGAACAGGUUAACGAGCUCGUUAGUGACGUGGAUUCUGCAGGUGAGCCUUCAGACGUGUUUAAUCUUCACUUCAUCUGUUAAUUAGCAACGAUCAGACUCACUUCCUGUCUGGAAACCAAACGGCCUCGUUGGACUUCAGAGGCCUGAUGAUGAUGAUGAUGAAGAUGAUGAUGAUGGUGAUGAUGAUGAUGAUGAAGAUGAAGACACAUGGGACAGUGUUGUUGUUUUCUGCGUUCUCAACGUUAUUAAUUAUAAUUAUUGGGCUUCGAUGUGUGUGGGGGUGUGGGGGAGUGUUUUGUAAUUCUGAUGACAUCACUGUGAUGACCUCAUACCAAGCUGACCUGUUGCUUUGCUCUGAGGAAGCUGUCAUCUGAUUGGCUGAAGGCUCAAAGAUGGAGGUUAAUGUGUUUAAACUAUUAGCUUCACAAUUCUGUCCAUCAACACAGCUGCUAAAUUCAUCUGGUGCCUUUAGGGUCCUUCAGAAUAAAAGACUCUGUUAACAAGUCAUUUAAAGGUCAAAAUGAAACAUUUUGGCUUCGACAGCUCGGUUGGAUUAUUGUUGUCAUGGAUACAUAAAAAGUUUAGUUUUACAUUUAAACAUAAA